CACUUUUGGAGACGACGCACUUUAAUGGCCCGUCCAAUGAUUAAAGAGGCAUGUAUGGCUUCCCUGUUGUUAGAAAACCCAUAUUAUGGCUGCAGAAAACCUAAAGAUCAAACGAAAGAAGGUCAUGUCUAAAAAAUGUCUCUGACCUGUUUGUGAUGGGAGGAGCUCUUGUGCUAGAAUCAGCAGCUCUUUUGCACUGGUUGGAGAGAGAAGGCUAUGGACCCCUUGGGAUGACCGGAAUAUCUAUGGGAGGACAUAUGGCAUCAUUGGCAGUGUCAAACUGGCCUAAACCAUUACCACUAGUUCCUUGUCUCUCCUGGUCUACAGCUUCUGGUGUUUUUACUACGGGUGUGCUGAGCAAGGCAGUGAACUGGAGAGAACUAGAGAAGCAGUAUUAUACUCAGAGUGUUUACGAAGAAGAAAUAAUACAAAUGCUUGAAUACUGUGGAACAGAUUCAUUCAAGAUGGGACAAGACUUUGUUAAAAACUCUCCCAGCAGUGUGGACAGUUUGAGCAAUCUGGAUCUGAAUUCCAGUAUGCUGAACCUGGAUAUCAGAAGCAAAGUUCUGUCUUCAGAAAGCGGUUGCUCUCUUAGCACUAAUAGAAACACUCUAAGUGCCUCAGGAGAAGGACUGUUAGUGCAAGAGGGACCAAAAAUGCAGUGCAUAAACCAAACAUUUUCAACCAGCAGCAGUAGCAAUAAGAACUUUUCCAGUGAGGAGAAGAAUCUUAUAAGUGGAAAAAGAGAUCGUUUACAAAGAGAGUCUCUCAGGUUCAUGAAAGGGGUGAUGGAUGAAUGUACCCACGUAGCUAAUUUUUCAGUUCCAGUUGACCCAACACUGAUCAUAGUUAUACAAGCCAAGGAAGAUGCUUAUGUUCCAAGAACUGGAGUGCGUAGCCUUCAAGAAAUAUGGCCAGGAUGUGAAAUCAGAUAUUUGGAUGGAGGUCAUGUUAGUGCCUACCUCUUCAAACAAGGAUUAUUCAGGCAAGCCAUUUAUGAUGCGUUUGAUCGUUUUCUGCAGAAAUAUGCUGUAUAGUCCUGUCUUGUUGAACUGCUGAGUUUCCUUUUUACAUGGAUGCUCAUGUUAACUUCAUUCAGAGAAUAAGCUUGCUCUAGGUUCAGUUAAUGGUCACCAGCUCGAAGGCAUAUUUAACAGUGAUUAAUACAUUAAGAUGUAAUCAGUAAAGAUAAACUUUGAAUUUUCAUUAGUUGUAGUUAUGGAAAUUUUAGCACAAUUUGUUAAUGCUGAGAAUGUCAGAGGUUUGUAAAAUAUUUUUGUGUUUGAAAAGUAAUUUUAUGUGGAAUGUCCGUAUCCAUUGAAGAGAGACCAACACAGUACUCAAGACUUUAAAAUUUUACCAUUAAGGUUCUUGCUCUAAAACGUUAUUAAAAGUUCAAAAAUGCCAUAUUAAAAAGAUGCAAGAUAAUGUGUCCAGGGAAACUAGAUUCAUCUUAACUUACUGAAAGGUUUUAUUAGAAAUAGAAAAACAGUUGUGUUGACUCAGGAAGUAAUCACUGAUCUGAUGCAAGCCUAGUUCUUGCAAGCUGCUUUAUAAACUGGCCACACCAGCCCCAUCAUUGGUUAUUAAAGAAAAAUGACUUGUCAGUUUUCAUCUCUAAUAAAUUAAAGCAGGAGUAUAAUAGUUUGCUCUUAUUUUAAAAUGGAAGUAGGGUGGAGGAAAGACAUGGGCACUUCCCUCUUGGAGGAUUUGUAAAACUUUUUAAUUGGCUGAGUUGCCCCACCUGAAAUGAAAAUAAGUAUGGAGCCUUCCAUAAAUACUGCAUGUGUUAUGGUUUUGAUAAAUGUUUCCUUUCUAAGCACACACACAUACAACCAUUUAACAUCAUGCUGAACUGGAAAUUUUAAUACUAUCAUAUGUAUUAAUUUUAUAUAUAUCUGCAACAACUGACUUGUGAGAAUUAACAGUUCUUUCUAUCCAAGUGAUACACUUCUUUAGUAAAACAAUUUUUCUCUUAUAAAUUUCACUGAUAGAAGUUACUGUUCACGAUAAUGGUGUCAAACCAGGUUGGAAUAAAUAUGGAGAAGUACAAAUAGAAUUACACUUUCGCAGCAGGGUUUUUGCUCGCAUCUCUGCAACCUUUUGCAACUCCACCACAAAACGCGCCUGAGUAUUGAGGGUUCCUCUGGCAUGGGAGAGGACACUCAGGAUCAGGAUGGGGUAGCUUGUCCUUGCCUUGGGCAAGCAGAAGUGCCUUUCUCCUAUGCAAGACAUCUUCAGAUCCAUGCUGUUUUGUACAUUGCACAAAGUUCUAAAUUUACAUACAAGGCUGAAAACAGUUUUUUUAAAAAUCUUUUAAAUGGAGAUAAGUCAUUGAAUUGAAACAUGUCUUGAUGUACCAGAUCGGCAAAAUGUGUUUUUGUAUGUUAAAAGUAAUGAGAACUAGGUACUGUCGUGUUGGCAUUUCCAAGUAAAUGCCAACCUUUUUUUAUAAACUGAAAAUGAAACAUUGUAUUUUUAUUUUAUAGUAAUGGGAAGUAUGUAUGUGCUGUCUGUUAAUUGGCUAAAAACUUAUUCAAGCACAAAGUCAAUAAACUAUAUAUAUAAAAAAGCUUAUUUGAAAGCAUUGUGCCCAUUUCAUUAAGACUGUAAUUAACACACUUACUUAGACAGGAUUUCUGAGUAGAGUAAGAGUUUUUGAAGAUUCAUGUCUGGUAUCAAGUAAUAUCCUUGAAAGAACCAAAACCUAAAGGUCAAAGACUGACAUUAACUUUUUUGUUAACUUCACAUUUAAGAAGGUGCUCCAAGCGGAAUUCCAGGUUUUAAUUACAUUCAGAUAUUGUAAAGAAAUAGUGCAUUAUUCCUUGAGAGAUUGUAAAUUACAAUCACGUGAAACAUUAGGAAUAAAAUAUUAAAUUGCCA